ACCACGUGCAAUCAGCCAUUUCUCGUUCCCCUUUUCCUUCUCCCGUCACGGAUCCGGGGGGCCGGGCCACCGAUCCAAACGUAAACCGAGCGCGCACACACACACGCCACGCGCCUCGCCGCCGAUGGCGACGGAUGCCGCCGACGAGGCGCCGCUGCUCGCCGAGGAGCCCCUCCGCCCCGGCGCCUGCAGCCGCGAGCUCGAGCUGCGGGAGUUCCGCGACCGCUACGUGAUCCGCUCGGUCGACGGCGGCGGCGCCUUCGCCGUCUCCCGCUCCAACGGCUCCCUCCGCCCCCUCUCCGCAGAGGAAGCGGCUGCGGGAAGCGAUUGUAGGGUGUCGAAGAUUUACGGAGUGGCUGGCGUGAUCAGGUUGCUCGCCGGAAGCUAUGUACUUGUCAUCACUUCUCAAAGGGACGCUGGUUCAUAUCAGGGAUCCCCUGUUUACAAUGUGAACUCGAUGAAAUUCUUAUGCUGCAACGAGGCUAUAAAGCAUUUAACUGCACAAGAAAAAAGGGAUGAGGCAUAUUUCAUGUCUCUCCUGAAAAUCGCAGAAACUACUCAUGGGCUUUAUUACUCUUAUGACAGGGAUUUGACACUGAACUUGCAGAGGGCAUCAAAGUUGCCUGCUGGGCGGGUACAUAAGCCACUCUGGAAACAGGCUGACCCACGUUUCGUUUGGAACAAAAAUUUGCUAGAGGAGUUUAUUGAAGCAAAACUUGAUGAAUUUAUCAUCCCACUGGUCCAAGGAAGUUUUCAGACAGCGCAAUUUUCCUUAAAGGAGGCACCUGUCAGAAUAACGUUGUUCUCACGUAGAUGCAACAGGCGUCUAGGAACAAGAAUGUGGAGGAGAGGUGCAAAUCUUGAAGGAGCCACAGCUAAUUUUGUUGAGACAGAACAGCUGGCAGAGUAUGAAGGUUUGAUGUCUUCAUUUAUACAGGUUCGAGGCUCCAUUCCACUUCUCUGGGAGCAAAUAGUGGAUUUAAGCUACAAACCAUGUCUCAACAUAAUUGAACAUGAGGAAACGCCGAAGGUUGUCCAACGCCACUUUCAUGAUCUUUCACAAAGAUAUGGGGACACAGUUGUUGUUGAUUUGACAGAUAAGCAAGGAGAUGAAGGAAAUUUAAGCAAUGCAUUUGCUGCUGAAAUGGAGAGGAUUCCUAACAUCAGGUAUGUGCAUUUUGAUUUCCAUCAUAUCUGUCGUGGAGGGAACUUUGAUAAUCUGCAAGUUCUAUACAAUCAAAUUGAAGAAGCUAUUCAGAAACAAGGAUAUUUUCUUAUCAACUCCAAAGGAGAGAUAUUCCUGGAGCAAAGCGGCAUAGUUAGAUCCAAUUGCAUAGAUUGUCUGGACCGUACAAAUGUAACUCAGAGCUUCCUUGCUAGAAAAUCGUUGGACUUACAGCUGCAGCGCAUGGGGGCUCUAUCAUCAUCUGGCAGCAUUUCCCAAUCUGGAGACAUUAGUGACACCUUUAAAAAAAUGUGGGUUGAACAUGGAGAUGAGCUAAGCCUGGAAUAUGCUGGUUCUUAUGCACUAAAGGGGGACCUAGUGAGGUAUGGAAGGCAGACAUUACCUGGAUUGAUUAAAGAUGGCAUGAGUGCUCUUUCACGAUAUUAUUUGAAUAAUUUUCAUGACGGAGUGAGACAAGAUGCUCUAGACCUUAUCAGCGGUUACUAUACAGUCAGCAAAGGCAUCUCUUCUCCUUUUCAAAAUGGUGGAUUUGAAUCUGCAACGUAUCUUCCUGUGGCUUCAGCAAUCAUAGUUGGUGGGAUUACUGCCACCACAUUCACUCUUAGUCAAGUUGGACGGAAUGCACAACACUUCAUCACCUCCAUUAUCUGUGCGGGUUUGACGGCUGGAGUGGUAGCCUUGGUGAAAGCAAAUGGGAAGCAGUUUUGCUCUAAGCCUCGUUUGUGUGGUCUCAUAUAAUUCUUUGUUUAUACCAAUGACACUAACAUGAACCACCCCCACCCCUAAAUUUGUAAUCCUUCUCAGAACUCAACGGAAAAAAGAACCUCAGCAAGUAGUACAUCUAUAAGAGCCAACUUGCCCUGUAGACUAACACCUCAAAUUAAGCAGCCCCAAGUUCCUUUUUUUUUUCAGUACACAUUCUCAGUAGAUCUUGUGAUGAGCCAUGGAUACAUGGUUGGUAAUCAUUCUCAAUAGGUAAUGAACGGCAGUUGGCCUUCUGAUCCUGUAAACUGAAGUUAAUCUGUAACGCCAGAUUUCUUCCUAUUAGUAAUUGACUGCUUGGAUGAUAGUAUGCAAAACUGCAAAUGUAUGUUCUAAA